CCCGCCCGUCCCCUCCUCGCCCGGCCGCCGGCCCGGCCCCCUCCCCCGCCAUGAAGAAGCUGUGGGUGAAGAAGCGUUUCCAGAAAAGUGGCCAUUCCCGCCGGGCCUUUGGCCGAUUCACCCAUGUUUUCCGCUCCUGCAGAAAGCAAAGUUACGACUCAGAGACGGGUGAGGAUGACAUCAGCGAUGUGCCGGGGACCCAGCGCCUGGAGCUACGGGAUGACAGGGCCUUCAGCACCCCUACGGGGGGCUCCGACACCUUGGUGGGCACUUCUCUGGACACCCCUCCGACCUCCGUGACAGGCACAUCCGAGGAGCAAGUGAGCUGGUGGGGCAGCGGGCAGACGGUGCUGGAACAAGAAGCGGGCAGCAGAGGUGGCCCCCGCCGCCUCCUGGGCAGCCCAAGGCAAGCACAGGCAACCGGGGCCGGGCCACGGCACCUGGGGGUGGAGCCGCUGGUGCGGGCUUCUCGAGCUAAUCUGGUGGGCGCAAGCUGGGGGUCAGAGGAUAGCCUUGCAGUGGCCAGUGACGCGUACGGCAGCGCAUUCAGUCUAUACCGAGGACGGGCGCUCUCAAUCCACGUCAGCAUCCCACCGAGCGGACUGUGCAGGGAAGAGCCGGACCCGCAGCCUCUGCCCGCCAGUGAAGCCCCGCGUCGUGCCGUUGCGCAGCAGCCUUCUGCCUCCAAAUCCGCUCUCCUGCCCCCGCCGUCCCCACGGGUGGGGAAGCGGCCUCCACCGGGACUCAGCCCCCAGCCGUCAUCAUCAGCAAGGCCCACCUCGCCCCACCGGCGCCCGCAGGAGCCGGGGCCACCCGAGGACGCCGUUGGCACCGCCGAAGAGAAGCGGAGCAAGAAGUCCAAAUCGUCGGGGCCCUCGCUCCCGGGCACGGCGGAGUCCCGGCCCCAGACACCCCUGAGCGAGGCUUCGGGGCGCCUGUCGGCCUUGGGCCGCUCGCCCCGGCUGGUGCGUGCGGGCUCCCGCAUCCUGGACAAGCUGCAAUUCUUCGAGGAGCGGCGCCGCAGCCUGGAGCGCAGCGACUCGCCCCCGGCGCCCCUGCGCCCCUGGGUACCUUUGCGCAAGGCGCGCUCGCUGGAGCAGCCCAAGUCGGACGCGGCCGGCGCAUCCUGGGGCUCGCAGGAGGAGCUGCGCGCACCCACGGGCAGCAGCGUGGCCGAGCGGCGCCGCCUGUUCCAGCAGAAGGCCGCCUCGCUGGACGAGCGCACCCGGCAGCGCAGCCCGGCCUCCGACCUCGAGCUGCGCUUCGCCCAAGAACUGGGCCGGAUCCGUCGCUCCACGUCGCGGGAGGAGCUGGUGCGCUCCCACGAGUCGUUGCGCACCACGCUCCAGCGCGCCCCGUCCCCCCGAGAGCCCGGAGAGCCCCCGCUCUUCUCCAGGCCUUCCACCCCCAAGACCCCCCGAGCCGGGAGCCCCGCAACCCCGUCACCUCUGCCUCUUCCCAGCUCCCCGGCUAAGCCAGGCGAUGAGCCGGCGAGGCCUCCUCGCAGCCGUGGGUCUGCGGGCAGGACGGAGCCCCCCGGAGAAGGCCCGCAGCAGGAGGUCAGGCGGCGCGACCAGUACCCGCUGACCCGGAGUAGAGCCAUCCAGGAGUGUCGCAGCCCCGUGCCACCCCCCGCCGCCUCCUCCGAUGCCCCCGACAUCAGGACGAAAGCCCCCCCGGGUCGCAAACGGGGGGAGCCGCAGGCACAGGCCGUGCGUUUCCUGCCCUGGGCCACGCCAGGCCAAGAGGGCACCGCUACUGCUACUUCGCUUCCCACUUCGGAGAAGAACAGGGCAGGGCCUGAGGAAGAUGGGCCCUGGGGAGCCUGGGACCGCCGCGGGGGCCGCAGCCAUACCCGAGGACGUCGGGCUAGGCCCACCUCACCAGAACUCGAGUCCUCGGAUGACUCCUAUGUGUCUGCGGGAGAAGAACCCCUGGAGGCCCCCCUCUUUGAGAUCCCGCUGCAGGACACGGUGGUGGCCCCUGGGGCUGACGUGCUGCUCAAAUGCAUCAUCACUGCUAACCCCACACCUCAAGUGUCCUGGCAAAAGGAUGGGUCUGCUGUGCGCAGUGAUGGCCGUAUCCUCCUGCGGACUGAGGGCGAGAGACACACACUGCUGCUCAGGGAGGCCCGGGCAGCUGAUGCCGGCAGCUACACCGCCACCGCCACCAAUGAGCUGGGCCAGGCCAGCUGCAGUGCUGCACUGGCCGUGAGACCAGGUGGUUCCACAUCCCCCUUCAGCAGCCCUAUCACCUCUGACGAAGAAUAUCUGAGCCCCCCAGAGGAGUUCCCUGAGCCUGGAGAGGCCUGGCCCCAGUCUCCAGCCAUGAAGCCCAGCCCCCGCCAGAACCGCAGUCCCUCGGAUGCCAGCUCCAAGGCACCACCCACUUUUAAGGUCUCACUGAUGGACCAAUCAGUGAGAGAAGGCCAGGACGUCACCAUGAGCAUCCGUGUCCAGGGGGAGCCCAAGCCAGUAGUGUCCUGGCUGAGAAACCGCCAGCCUGUGCGCCCAGACCAGAGGCGUUUUGCAGAGGAGGCAGAGGGCGGCCUUUGCCGGCUGCGCAUCCUGGCGGCCGAGCGGGGAGAUGCCGGAUUCUACACCUGCAAGGCAGUGAACGAGUACGGUGCACGGCAGUGUGAGGCCCGCCUGGAGGUCCGAGCACACCCUGAAAGCCGGUCCCUGGCCGUGCUGGCACCCCUGCAGGAUGUGGACGUGGGGGCCGGGGAGAUGGCGCUGUUUGAGUGCCUGGUGGCGGGUCCUGCUGACGUGGAAGUCGAUUGGCUGUGCCGGGGCCGCCUGCUGCAGCCGGCGCUGCUCAAAUGCAAGAUGCACUUCGACGGCCGCAAGUGCAAGCUGCUGCUCACCUCCGUGCAUGAGGACGACAGCGGCGUUUACACCUGCAAGCUCAGCACGGCCAAAGAUGAACUGACUUGCAGUGCCCGGCUGACUGUGCGCCCCUCGCUGGCGCCCCUGUUCACCAGACAGCUAGAGGACGUGGAGGUGCUGGAGGGCCGUGCUGCCCGCCUGGACUGCAAGAUCAGCGGCACCCCACCCCCCUCUGUAACCUGGACUCAUUUCGGCCGGCCUGUGCAGGAGAGCGAGAACAUUCGCCUGCAGCAAGAUGGCGGGCUACAUGCUCUGCACAUCACCCAUGUGGGCAGUGACGAUGAAGGGCUCUACGCGGUCAGUGCCACCAACACCCAUGGCCAGGCACACUGCUCGGCCCAGCUGUAUGUGGAGGAGCCACGGACAGCCGCCACUGGCCCCAGCUCCAAGCUGGAGAAGAUGCCAUCCAUCCCUGAAGAGCCAGAGCAGGGCGAUCUGGAGAGGCUGUCUAUGCCUGACUUCCUGCGGCCCCUGCAGGACCUGGAGGUGGGCCUAGCCAGGGAGGCCAUGCUGGAGUGCCAAGUGACGGGCCUGCCCUACCCCACCAUCAGCUGGUUCCAUAAUGGCCAUCGCAUCCAGAGCAGUGAUGAUCGGCGCAUGACUCAGUACAGGGAUGUCCACCGCCUGGUGUUCCCAGCAGUGGGGCCACAGCAUGCCGGUGUCUACAAGAGUGUCAUCGCCAACAAACUGGGCAAGGCUGCCUGCUAUGCUCACCUCUAUGUCACAGAUGUGGUUCCAGGCCCCCCAGAUGGUGCCCCGCAGGUGGUGACAGUGACAGGGAGAAUGAUCUCACUCACCUGGAACCCGCCCAGGAGCAUGGACAUGGCUAUCGACCCAGAUACCCUGACCUACACAGUACAGCAUCAGGUGCUGGGCUCGGACCAGUGGACUGUCCUGGCCACCGGCCUGCAGGAGCCCAGCUGGGCAGCCAUGGGGCUGCGGAAGGGGGUGAAGCACAUCUUCCGGGUCCUCAGUACCACCCUCAAGAGCAGCAGCAAGCCCUCUCCCCCAUCUGAGCCAGUGCAGCUGCUAGAACAUGGUCCACCCCUAGAGGAGGCCCCGGCGGUGCUGGACAAGCCAGAUGUUGUGUAUGUGGUAGAGGGACAGCCGGCCAGCAUCACUGUCACCUUCAACCAUGUGGAGGCCCAAAUCAUCUGGAGGAGCUGCCGAGGGGCCCUCCUGGAGGCACGGGCAGGCGUGUACGAGCUCAGCCAGCCUGACGAUGACCAGUACCGCCUUAGAAUUUGCCAUGUGAGCCGCCGAGACAUCGGGCCCCUCACCUGCACGGCCCGCAACCGCCAUGGCACCCAGGCCUGCUCUGUCACUCUGGAGCUGGCAGAGGCCCCUCGAUUUGAGUCCAUCAUGGAGGACGUGGAGGUGGGGGCCGGGGAGACGGCACGCUUUGCAGUGGUGGUUGAGGGGCGACCCCUGCCUGACAUCAUGUGGUAUAAGGAUGAGGCACUGCUGACCGAGAGCAACCAUGUGGGUUUUGUGUAUGAAGAGAACGAGUGCUCGCUAGUGGUGCUCAGUGCGGGGCAACAGGAUGGCGGCGUGUAUACCUGUACGGCCCGGAACCUGGCAGGCGAAGUCUCCUGCAAAGCAGAGCUGGCUGUGCUCACAGUUCAGACAGCUAUGGAAGUGGAGGGCCUAGGGCAAGAUGAGGAACAGCGAGGACGAAGACUGGGCGAUUUUUACGACAUCCAUCAGGAGAUUGGCAGGGGUGCCUUUUCCUACUUACGGCGUGUGGUGGAGAGGAGCUCUGGCCUGGAGUUCGCCGCCAAGUUCAUCCCCAACCAGGCCAAGCCCAAGGCUUCAGCAUGGCGUGAGGCUCGGCUGCUGGCCCGACUUCAGCACGACUCCAUCCUCUACUUCCAUGAGGCCUUUGAGAGGCGUCGAGGGCUAGUUAUUGUCACCGAGCUCUGCACCGAGGAGCUGCUAGAACGCAUGGCCAGGAAACCCACCGUGUGUGAGUCUGAGAUCCGUGUCUACAUGCGGCAGGUGUUAGCAGGGCUAGGCUACCUCCACCAAUGCCAUGUGCUGCACCUGGAUGUGAAGCCUGAGAACUUGCUGGUGGGAGAUGGCGCCGAGGGUGAAGAGCUGGUGCGCAUCUGUGACUUUGGAAACGCCCAGGAGUUGACGCCGGGAGAGCCCCAGUACAGCCAGUAUGGCACCCCUGAAUUUGUGGCCCCUGAAAUCGUCAACCAGACACCUGUGUCCGGAGUCACAGACAUCUGGCCCGUGGGCGUCGUUGCCUUCCUCUGUCUCACGGGAAUCUCCCCAUUCGUUGGGGAGAACGAUCGAACUACACUGAUGAACAUCCGCAACUACAACGUGGCCUUUGAGGAGACCACAUUCCUGAGCCUCAGUCGAGAGGCCCGGGGCUUCCUCAUCAAAGUGCUAGUGCAAGACCAGCUGAGGCCUUCCGCAGAGGAAACCCUGGAACAUCCAUGGUUCAAAACACAGGCAAAGGGCGCGGAGGUGAGCACGGACCACCUAAAACUUUUUCUAUCUCGGAGGAGGUGGCAGCGCUCCCAGAUCAGCUACAAAUGCCACUUGGUGCUUUGCCCCAUCCCGGAGCUGCUGCGGGCACCACCAGAACGGGUGUGGGUGGCGGUGCCCAGGAGAGCCCUGCCCAGCGGGGGCCUCUCGUCGUCCUCUGACUCAGAAGAGGAAGACCUGGAGGAGCUGCCAUCUGUGCCCCGCCCGCUGCUCCCCGAGUUCUCGGGCUCCCGGGUGUCCCUCACCGACAUUCCCACGGAGGACGAGGCCCUGGCGACCCCCAUGGACUGGCAGGAGCAGGGCAGGGAGGCCCCUGGAGACCAGGAACCCCCCAGCCCUCAGGUCCUCCCCUCCCCAGGCCAGGAGCCCCUAGCUGGGCCCAGCCCUCAGCGGGGAGCACUCCGAAGGGGCAGCUCUGCCGAGAGCGCCCUGCCCCGGGCCGGGCCGCGGGAACCGGGCCGGGCCCUGCACAAAGCAGCUUCCGUGGAGCUGCCGCAGCGCCGGAGUCCCAGCCCGGGGGCCACCCGCCUGACCCGGGGUGGCCUGGGCGAGGGUGAGUACGCCCAGAGGCUGCAGGCCCUGCGCCAGCGGCUGCUGCGGGGGACCCCAGAGGAUGGCAAGGUCAGCGGCCUCAGGGGUCCCCUGCUCGAGAGCCUAGGGGGCCGUCCUCGGGACCCCCGAUUGGCCCGAGCCGCCUCCAGCGAGGCAGCUCCGCGCCAUCAGCCCCCACCAGAGAACCGAGGCCUGCAAAAGAGCAGCAGCUUCUCGCAGGGCGAGGCCGAGCCCCGUGGCCGCCACCGCCGCGCCGGGGCCCCCCUCGAGAUACCCGUGGCCCGCCUUGGGGCGCGCAAGCUGCAGGAGUCGCCCUCCCUGUCCGCCCUUAGCGAGACGCAGCCGCCCAGCCCCGUGAGGCCCAGUGGUGGCCCCAAAGCCAGCUCACUCAAGCCCCUCGGCUCCCCCAAGGCCCCAGAGCCUCCUGCCACGACAUCUAGUGAUGUCCCUCCAUCCCCAGCACCCCAGCAAGCCCAGGAGAAAGCCCCACAGCCCACCCCCGAACCAGUCCCAACCCCCAAGCCGGCACAGCCCGCUAAGGCGGUGCAGAGCCCAGCGCCACCCUCCACGCCCUACGCCCAGAUCAUACAGUCCCUGCAGCUGGCAGGCCAGACCCCUGCCCCUCCUGCCGCCGAAGCCAAGCCCCACCCGGCCGUCUUCGCCAGGGUGGCCCCGCCGCCUCUCAAGGAGCCCGAAAAGCGCGCGCCUGCAGCAGCGGCUGCGCCCCCGGGGCCAAGCCAGAAAGUUGGGGUGCCCACGGUGCCCCGCAGACCGGGCAGCAGUCUGAGCAGCAGCAUCGAGAACCUGGAGUCGGAGGCCGUGUUCGAGGCCAAGUUCAAGCGCAGCCGGGAGUCGCCGCUGGCCAAGGGGCUUCGCCUCCUGAGCCGCUCGCGCUCCGAGGAGCGCGGCCCGUUCCGGGGGACCCAGGAGGAGGAUGGCAUGUACCGGCCCAGCCCGGCUGGCACGCCGCUGGAGCUGGUGCGCCGGCCCGAGCGCUCCCGCUCCGUGCAGGACCUCCGGGCGGCCGGCGAGCAGAGCCUAGUCCGCCGCCUAUCGCUGUCACUGUCCCAGCGGCUGCGGCGGACCCCGCCGGGCCAGCGCCGCCCGGCCUGGGAGGCUCGAGGCGGCGUCGAUGGAGAAGGCUCGGAGGGCGGCAGCUCGGCGCGGGGCUCCCCGGUGCUCGCUGUGCGCCGGCGGCUCAGCUCCACGCUGGAGCGACUGUCCAGCCGGUUGCAACGCAGCGGCAGCAGCGAGGACUCCGGGGGCGCGUCGGGCCGCAGCACGCCGCUGUUCGGUCGGCUGCGACGGGCCACGUCGGAAGGCGAAAGUCUGCGGCGCCUGGGCCUUCCUCACAACCAGCUGGCCGUCCAGGGGUCUGCCACCACGCCUUCUGCUGAAUCCCUGGGCUCUGAGGCCAGCUCGGGCUCGUCGGCUCCUGGGGAAAGCCGAAGCCGCCUCCGCUGGGGCCUCUCGAGACUGAGGAAGGAUAAAGGGUCAUCACAACCCAACCUGUCUGCCAGCACCCAGGAGGAUCUGGGUCACCCAUAUGUGCGCAGUGAGUCAGACUUCCCCCCAGUGUUCCACAUCAAACUCAAGGACCAGGUGCUGCUGGAGGGAGAGGCCGCCACCCUGCUCUGCCUGCCAGCAGCCUGCCCCGCACCCCACAUCUCCUGGACUAAAGACAAGCAGAGCCUUCGCUCCGAGCCCUCAGUGGUCAUCGUGGCCUGCAAGGAUGGCCGGCAACUUCUCAGCAUCCCCCGGGCCAACAAGCGGCAUGCGGGACUGUACGAGUGUUCGGCCAGCAAUGUGCUGGGCAGCAUCACCAGCUCCUGCACCGUGGCUGUGGCCCGUAUCCCCGGAAAGCUAACUCCUCCAGAGGUGCCCCAGACCUACCAGGACACGGCACUGGUGCUGUGGAAGCCGGGGGACGGCCGGGCCCCCUGCACCUACACUCUGGAACGGCGGGUGGAGGGUGAAUCUGCCUGGCAUCCUGUGAGCUCAGGCAUCCUGGAUUGCUACUACAAUGUCACCCACCUGCCCAUCGGGGUGCCUGUGAGGUUCCGCGUGGCCUGUGCCAACCGCGCCGGGCAGGGGCCCUUUAGCAAUCCUUCUGAGAAGGUCCUCAUCAGGGCAUUGCCAGAUUCCUCGGCUCCGCCCUCUGCCCCUCGAGAUGUCCCUGUUACCUCAGGGCCGGCCAGGGCCCCGCCUCCUGCCUCACCUACCUCUACCUCACUGGCUCCGCCCCUUGCCCCCAGCCCAGCUCCAACAGGGGCUCCUAGCCCCUCUCCCCAGGCCUUGUCCUCAUUCAAGGCUGCGGGUCCUCCCCCUGCUACGCCCCCACGAAAGCACAGGGGCCUGCAGGCGGCCCGGCCUGUAGAGCCCACCAGCCCCAGUGCCCAAGUCACACCAAGUGAGCUGGGGUCUUCCCUCCCUGAUGUGGGGACCCCCAUCCCAGCCUCUAGUCCUCAAGGAGUGAACCCAACGCCCCCAUCCAAGCCCUUGUGUCUGGUGACAUCAUUUGUUUCUGAACCCCCAGCCCCUGAGCCCCCACCUACCAAGAUCGCCACUCGGAGCCUCAGCCCAGCCACAGAGGCAGGGGAACCCCGGGGGGGCUCACCCCGUAGUUCUCCGGGGCCCGAGGGCACCACUCUUCGGCAGGGUCCCCCCAGAAGCCCUACACCUUCCUGGAGGAGAAAGCCCGGGGCCGCUUUGGUGUGGUGCGGACAUGCCGGGGAAAACGCCACAGGGCGGACUUUUGUGGCCAAGAUUGCAUAUGCAGCUGAGGGCAAGCGGCGGGUCCUACAAGAGUAUGAGGUGCUGCGAGCACUGCACCACGAGCGGCUCAUGUCCCUGCAUGAGGCCUACAUCACCCCCCGCUACCUUGUGCUCAUCGCUGAGAGCUGUGGCAACCGGGAGCUCUUAUGUGGGCUCAGUGACAGGUUUCGAUAUUCUGAGGAUGAUGUGGCCACAUACGUGGUACAACUGUUGCAAGGCCUGGACUAUCUACAUGGCCACCAUGUGCUGCACCUGGACAUCAAGCCUGACAACCUGCUACUGGCUCCUGAAAAUGCCCAGAUUGUGGACUUUGGAAGUGCUCAGCCCUACAACCCCAAGCCCUGCAGCCCCCUUGGCCACCGCACCGGCACACUGGAGAUUCAAGCUCCUGAGAUGGUGAAGGGAGACCCAAUCGGCUCUGCCACAGACAUUUGGGGUGUGGGCGUGCUCACUUACAUCAUGUUGAGUGGACGUUCCCCCUUCUAUGAGCCAGAUCCCCAGGAAACAGAGGCUCGGAUCGUGGGGGGCCGUUUUGAUGCCUUCCAGCUCUACCCCAAUACCUCCCAAAGCGCCACCCUGUUCUUGAGAAAGGCCCUCUCAGUACAUCCCUGGAGCCGGCCCUCGCUGCAGGACUGUCUGGCCCACCCGUGGCUGCAGGACGCCUACCUGAUGAAGCUGCGCCGCCAGACACUCACCUUCACCACCAACCGGCUCAAAGAGUUCCUGAGUGAGCAGCGCCGCCGUCGUACGGAGGCUGCCACCCGCCACAAGGUCCUGCUACGCUCUUACCCAGGCAACCCCUAGUGGCUCGGACCCCAGCCAGCCUCGGGCUUCAACUCGGGGCUCCAUUCCAGGGCCCAUGCUGAGCCAGGAGGCCCCAGGGCCUUCAGACACCACCAGCAGCAACAUCCGGCAGGGGCUCUUACCUCAUGGACCUGUGGGCACAGAGGCCCCAGGCUCCGGCCCAGUCCAUCGGGCCAGAGCCAGACCAGGGCCCCGUCGGACAGGCUGGACUGUGGUGGAGCAGGAGGAAGGGCGAGAAGGGCGGGGGAAGCAAGAAGCUGAGGGUUAGGGAGGGGGACUCUAAUGAGGUCCUGUGGGUAAGGGGAGACUGUAUCUGGGGGGCACCCACUAAGAAGGUGCCUGGGGCUGAAGGGGCAAAGAAGGAAGGAGCUCAGGGCCAUGGGCUGGCCAGAAGGAUUGAGAGGGACUAAGAGACAGGGACAGGAUGUGGGACAGUGGCAGGAAGCCAGAGAUGGGACUGAGAGUGGUGAGCAGAGAGGGAAGAGGAUUCAGAGGAGAUGCAGGAAAGGGGGUGACUAGAGGCAAGAGGAGGAAGGGGAGGACCAGGCACCACACCUGCCCUCUGGGGCACUCAGUGCUGGCCCAAGGGUGUUCCCACCAUCCCUCUGUGGCCUUCCUCCUUCUCCCCAUUCGUAUUUAUUUAUUUAUUGACUUUUGUGAAGUUUUCCUUUCACCUAGUUCCUAUUGCCCAUGUUGUCCUGACACCCACCACCCCACCACCCAGCUGUCCAUGCAGCUGUCUGUCUGUCUGUCUGUUAUAAGGGAAAUAAAAAUGGCUAGUAGCAGGA